GCGAAGCGUUCUGGUCCAGCAGCCAGUCAGACAAAAUGAGAGGUCGGUUAGGAACGAAGAACUAGGAAAUGUUAUCUGAAGAUAAUACAUGCUGCCCCUGAUUCUAAGAAGUGACUGUUGGAAAGUGAGUUCGCCAAGGGUCAAACAUUAUUGGGCCUCUAAUGUUAGUAUGUAAGCUCAAACUGGCUCAAAUAUCUUUCUGUAAUUAUGCAGAUACCCCAAAUUUCAUCCCAAUAAUCAAAAAUAACACUGAAAUAAUUGUUUUAAGGUCAAAGAAGACAGGUCAAAGGUCAGUGCUUAUGCUAAAUCCCUUUUUUUGAAAAGUAAAGUCAUCAAAACCUUGGCAUUCGUCAUGGACUGUGACCUCAACUUGAACAGCCACAUCAGCAUAGGUACAAAAUCAGCCUACUACCACUUUCAAAACAUAGUGAUGAUUAAAAGUUUCUGUCUAAACAAGACCCAGAAAAAUAUGUCCAUCAUUUUAUUUUGUUGUUAUUGGCUGGACUGCUGUCACUCAGACUUUGAAAGAAGCCACGUUUUUGUCUUGCAACAUAUACUGUAGAGCCUUAUCAUUACAACCCUAAACAACAGGUACAUGAAUAUGAUCACAUAUUACAGUGAAAGAAGCAAAACUGCUGGGAAGAAGACAGAAAAGCAACAACACUGAACAACCACUGAAGUUUGACAUGUGCCAAAAGAGCAGCAGCUUUUCUUCUGUGUUAAUAAAGUGUUUGUUCCCAAGAACCUUAUGAUGCAAACUUGGUCAUCAUUAGAGGGUAAAACCUCCAGAGUUUGGUUGAUGUUGUACCCACAUUCACACCAAAACACUUCCCUCUCAGUUCUUAAUGAAAAAUAUUAACUGCAGUGAGGAACAAAUAAUUCUCAAACCACUAAAAUAUCACCACAUUUGUUUUUUCUAACAGUAAUUUCUUGUUGCUAUGCUUCAUAUUCUGGUGGGCGAGGAGUUUGACUCACUUUUGUGUUCAUGUGUGGUGUCAAACAUCACCAGGAAGUUUUUAAUAAGCUGUAUUUUAACGCCUUGACAGUUUAAUUUCCAACUUCCUCAGUCCUCCUCCUCCAACCGACAACCAAACCGAGUCUAAAAUGAAUGAAAACUGUAACAGACCUUGUUAAAUCUACUGACUUCCUUCUGUUUUAUUUACUGCUAAAACUUUGCAUCAGCUCAAAUCAGUGUUUCUAAUGUUACAAGCUGCAAAGUAAGAAUGCAAGUUGUGAUAAUGUUUUUUACCUCUAAAAAUGCAAAUACUAUCCCUGUGCACAGAAAGUGAGAAAAGAAUGACGCCGAUUUCAAAAGAAUUAUAUGAAUAGAGCUUGUGGUUAUAGAUGGGAAGUACUUUGACGCAGAGACACUACAAUGUAAAGGAGGAGUGUUGUGGUUGUGGUUGGUGGGUUUGGAGAGACGUCACUGUCAACGCCAGUUCUCAGCUCAUAGUAUGAAGUUUUCUGCUGUGAGUGACGUUUCUCUUGUUGAACUGUGACUGAGGGAGGAGUUUGAUCCGUCCAGUCAGAGGAGCAGAUUUUCUCCACAUCAUCCGACAGGUUGAGAACUAAAAAAACACAUCAGUGGCUUUUAUCUCCACACUGAACUACACCUGACUCUUUGCCUGUUUCAAUAUCUAUAAGAUAUUUAGAGAGAUGAGGAUAGGAGGCUGUGUCUACGUAAAUUCUUCAACUGAAAGAAGGGAAAAAAACACUCAAGUCACUAUAAGGAAGUGACACUUUACUAAUAACAGGAAGUAGAUGCUGGGUCUCUCUUUUAAAGAAGCGCUAGUUGAGAAACUUUAACCGUUCAGUGCGUCAGAACAACGAGAUGGAUGAAUUCAGAUGGAUUAAAAUAUCUUUAUUUCUGAUUCUGGUGCUUCAGUUUAGAGCAGUAACAGGACAAGAUUCUUACAUCACUGUCAGAGAUGGAGAUGAAGUCACUUUGCCUUGUAAAAAUGUGAUAAAUGAUCAGGACAAAUGUGACCGCACUACCUGGAUGUACAGUAGAGAAGAAAACUCAAGAGUAGUAGAGCUGAUUAGACUUGGGCAGAUUGGUGAAGAUGCCAAAGCUAAAUCAGACAGACUGAGUGUUACAGCAAACUGUUCUCUGGUUAUAAAGAAGGUCACAGUUGAUGAUUUUGGUCGUUACAGCUGCAGACAGUACGACAGAUCAGGACAACCACAAGGUCAAGAUGCUAAAGUUUAUCUGUCUGUUAUUAACAUUCAUGAUAAGAAGGAUGAUGAUAAGGUGACAUUAACCUGCUCUGUGUUGAAAUAUGAACACUGUAAAGACACAGUGGAGUGGCUGUAUGAGGGUAAUAAGGAUGAUCUCACAAACCUGGAGAAAGGUUCCUGCAGAGCCACUGUGACAUUUACAGCUUCUAAUCUUAAUCAGAAGUCACAUUAUUCUGAGUUAUUUAAGUGUAAAGUGCCUGAACGUAACGGCGGGACACUGCUGUGUGACUUCACCCCUCAGUCCUCAUGUGAGAAACCCGGAAACAUGACAAAGGAGAAAAACGAACCGUCUGCACGCAAUGAUGAUCGAACAAAACCCGUUCUAGAUUGGAGAUGGUUCGUUGUCAUGGCUGUAUGUUUAGCUGCACUCUUAAUAAUUGUUGUGGCAUUCAUAAGAUGGAAGAAAACUAAAGGGAACAGAACACAGAUGGAUGACAGCAUUAGACCGAGCUUAAACCCAGUGACUCAGACACCAGAAACCAGUCAGGAGGCCACGGCUGAUCCUGAAGAUGGUGUUUCCUACGCCUCCAUCAACUACAUCAAGUCGACCAACAGUAAAGCCCGGGUACAGACUAACAAUGAAGGUGAUGAUGCAGUGACCUACAGCACUUUGAAAGCUUCCUCUUCCUCUGCUGGAGACUCCACUGAUCCCAGCAGCCUCUACGCUACCGUCAACAAACCAAACAACAAAAAGGUCAACGUAUAGUCACAGUCCAUAUCAUUACAUAGAUUUUCACACUGAUAAAGUGAGUCCCAAGAUCUGCGUCUGUCCUUUUAUAAAUUAUUUUGUUAGUCUGAGUUUAAAUAAUUUCAUAAGUUAAUUGGUGGCCUCAUAUCUCGUCUUUUAUGCUCUGUGUCUUCGCUCUAUAUCACUCUAUAACUCUAUAUGUUGUUCUCUCCAUUUCUGAGAUUUCCUGUAUUGUUAUUUUCCAUCUUUAAACUGAUGGACUUGAAGUCAGUUCCUAGUUCUUUGCUACAGGGCUGCGAUUCUGAAUAUUCUGUCUAGGUACUGGUCUGUUUCCUGCAUCAGCUCUGGUGGUGAUUUUCCAAGAAUAAUAUGUAUCAGGUUAACUGUUUUUUUCAUAUUGAGAAUACCAAAUUUUCUCCAGCAGUCUGAUUUCAUUAAUGUGUUAAUUUUACAAAGUACAUUUGGAGUAAUAAAAAACCUUGUAUAUAAUUUCCACACUAAUUCCCUCCAAUAUUUAGAAUUUAUUGUUCUGUGAAUUUCUCUGCACACUUGCUUCCAUUCUCCUUCAUUCAGCUGAUCUCCUAUUUCAGAAAUCCAUUUUUGUUGAAAGCUGUUAUUGGUGUACAUAUUGUUCUCAAGAGUUUUAUAAAUUGAAAUUGUUUUUGAUUACAUUUUCAUGAUUUUUAAUCCAAAAGCUAAUUAAAGUGUUUAUUUCUUUAA